GCUCAAUCUAGAAUCAGACCAGAUGACUACGUAUGAUGCCAAGAUUUGCCUUCUGAUCAUUUUUUGCCAUUAACUUCAUGAACAAAAUUGCUGUGUGAAAAUUGUCAGUCCAUCCUCAUCAGAUUAUCAUACUAUUCAUUUUUAUUUAUGGUUUGGUUUUGAAACAAUUCUAGAUGAAAGCAAUCUCUUGUGUGGAUGUUUUGCAUUUUACUUAUUUGGCCCGUGUCAAAUGCAACUGUUAUUAAUUGUGUACCAGCCACAGGUACUACAUCCUCCAUCUUGUAUUGAUGUGUGAGUACAAAGAGGGCAAGCAAGUGAUGAUGCAUGUUAAAAUCAUGUAAAACGAGUAUGUACUGUUUUCUGACAACUGCAGAUGUCUCAGUGGCCGUUAGGUCUCAUUGGUUCGCAUGUGGGACUGAUUUGCAUAUUGUGGGAGUGUCCUUAGCCAGUGCUGGGAUGAAUGAGUUUUUCAAGUCAGACCGCAAGAAGGGUUUGGACUCGGCACAGAUCAGCAUGGCUCAAAAUGCUUUCCUUAUUUAAAAUGCUGAACCUCCUGCUAUAAGUGGAAGCAGUUGUAAUUGGCCAUAAUAUAAAUAUGGUCAACAGAAAAUACCCCAGACUUGGCAAAAGAGAGGAAAUAUGGGGAUUUUUCAUCCUUUUGUUUUGCCCUCUUUCCUGUUUUGCAACUUUCAGCCAAGCAACAGAACUCAUCUAUAAAAUAAAGGAGGGAUUACCAACAGGGACCUUCAUAGGAGCCAUUGGAGUGGACUUAAAUUUGGAUUUUACUGUUGACCCUCCCUAUUUAUUCAGUGUGGAACAAAAGAGGCUCAGUGCACAGUAUGUGACACUCAAUAAUAUCACUGGAAAGCUUUUUACAUCUACUACAGAGAUUGACAGGGAGACACUUUGCCCUUAUAACGCAAACAGACAUGGAUGUUUCCUCUCACUGGAUGUGUUUGUUCUUCCUCAGCAAUAUUUUCAGCUCAUUAAAGUUAAGAUGAUCAUUGAAGACAUCAAUGACAACAGACCAAAGUUUCCUGUGGAUGAGAUUCUUAUAUCCAUACCAGAAAACACACUAAUUAAUGCUCGCUAUGCAGUGGAGCAGUCUGCAGUUGAUCCAGACCUGGGUCUUCACGGAGUGCAGACCUACUGGCUUGUGAAUGACUUUGGCAUGUUCACACUGGAUGUCGAAGAAAAUGUAGGAGGGGAGCUGACACCCUUUGUCAUCGUGACAGAACUUCUGGACCGAGAGACACAAGCUGAAUAUAUCACAGACAUUAUUGCAGAGGAUGGGGGGACCCCUCCUCUACUUGGUGCAGCCACUUUAAAAAUUGUAAUCUUAGAUGUGAAUGAUAAUUGUCCCCAGUUUACAGAGCCACAACUUAAUGUUACUCUGCAUGGGAACUCCACCAAAGGGACACAUUUGGCUCGUCUACAAGCUUUUGACCCUGAUCUUGAUGCUAAUGCUCAGAUCAGUUAUACUUACAGUGAGCGUGUGCAAAGGGAGACCAGAAGCUUGUUCCAUUUGGACAGAACUACAGGGGUGCUAAAACUAGCAGGAAUAAUAGACACUGAUACAGCCACGGUUUACAAACUCAUUGUUCUUGCCAAUGGCCCUGGUUGUAUUCCCGCUGUUGCCACAGUUGCUAUUCAUUUGAUAAAAGUUCAAAUGGGACCCCCUGCAGUCAUACCCAGAUACAUCGCACAGGAAAAAGAUGGAGUAGUAAGAAUGAAGGAAUCUGAGCCAGAAUAUUCUCCUAUUGCUUUUUUUACUGUGAAAAAUAUAGAUACCCAUGAAAGGGUUGACUGCCGUUUGGAGGGGACAGGUCCUUUCAGAAUUGGACCUUAUCAGCUUGUCAAAAAUGAAUACCUGCUUGAAACUACAGCGCCGCUGGACUAUGAAAUGACACAGGAGUAUGAGCUCAUCAUAGUUGCUGAAAACAAUCAAGGGCUUGUCAUCAAGACAGUCCUUAAAAUACAGAUUUUGGAUGAAAAUGACAAUGCUCCAGUCUUUCAGCAGUCUUUGGUGGAAAUAUUUAUUGAUGAAAACAAUCCACCCAACAGCUAUCUCACGCAGCUCCAUGCCACAGACCAGGACAGCGAAGCCAGGGGGGAGGUCAUAUUUCUUCUUGGAGGCAAUGCCCCUGGCAUCUUUGUUUUAGAUCACGUGACAGGUAUCCUGAGUGUUUCAACAUCACUGGACCGUGAAGAGAAGGAGACAUACCGCUUCAUAGUGAGAGCAGUGGACCACGGAACACCAAGGAUGGAGUCAAUUGCAACUAUAGUGAUAACUGUUCAAGACCGCAAUGACAAUAGCCCACGCUUUAUCAAUAAGGAUUUCACUUUUUUUGUUCCCGAGAACUUCCCAGGUUAUGGGGAGAUUGGGGUGCUCUCAGUGACGGAUGCUGAUAUUGGGGAAAAUGGCUGGGUGGCACUUUCUAUCCUUAAUGGAAGUGACAUUUUUAUGAUAGACACAGGCCGAGGCACACUAAGAGCCAAGAUGUCACUUGACCGAGAGCAACAGGGGACAUAUCAGCUGUGGAUAGAGGCCGUAGAUGGUGGAGAACCUUCGCUCUCCUCUGUAACCAUGGUGACCGUACUACUUUUGGAUGUCAAUGACAAUCCACCGAUUGUCCUCUUCCCUCAGUCCAAUCAGUCCUACAUGUUGGUUCUACCCAACACCCUGCCAGGGACAUCCAUAACAGAAGUGUAUGCUGUGGAUAACGAUACAGGAAUGAACGCUGUGAUUGCAUACAGUAUCAUUAAAAGGAAGGGAGGAGAGCCCGGGUCUUUUUCCAUCGACCCAGAAACAGGAAACAUCACUUUAGAGAGGGAACUCAGCAACCGAGGUCUCCACAGCCUCCUAGUAAAGGUCAGUGAUCAUGGUCAGCCGGAGCCACUUUACUCAAUAGUCAUGGUUAACUUGUUUGUUAAUGAAACAGUGAGCAAUGAAAGGUAUAUUCAGAGUUUGCUGACCAGAGAGGCUGAUAUUGAAAUAGAAGACAGACCUUGGCAGAUAAGUCAAUUGCAGGAGGGACCUGAGAGGUAUGACGUGUUUCCAUGUAAACCUGCCCUCAUUGCCCUUUCAGUGACAUGCCUCAGUCUGUUCUUCUCACUCGUUACACUGACAGUUUGCAUAUGCUUAAAAAGAUUUCAGAAGCAAAAGACAAAAUCAGAAGUUCAUUUACCUUUGAAAAUGAAGAAAGACUCUACAGCGGUCAAUAAUAGAAAAUUCAGGCAAGUCUCAAACAUUUGAUGUCAUUACCACAGAUCUGUUUAUACCAAUGUUUACAACACACACUGUGAGAUGAGAUUUAAUAGAAUUGGUCUAUUUACUCUAUUUGUUGUUCAGCAUUUGUCCUUAAUGGGCAAACACUCAAAUCAUAAGGAAGACAAGAUACAACAAACAGCAGUAACAAAAAUGCCUUUAUAAUUAUACUAUUUUUCAGAGUUUUAAAUUUAAGUUUAUUUGUCAAUGUAGCUGCAGUUUGCAGUGGAAGUAGAAGUGCUAUUCAUCAUAUUGAGAAUGGGGGCUUGACAUAAAUACCUGCAAACCUGCCAAGUGGGGGUGAAUUUCAUCAAUGGUGGGUAACACCUCUACUCACUAGCCGCUUUUAUGGGUUGUAUUUCGAUUCCCACUCCUGUAUUUCGAUUGGGAAAAAUAAUAAUUUACUGAACACCUAUUACCCAAAAACUAAAAUGCAUUCAUGAAAAAGCUCUGGGAAACUACUAGUCACAGUGGCUGAUGAGCAGUAAAGUUUAUGUUAUGCCCACCUGAGAAAUAUUUACAAUAUUUUAUCCAUAUGAUGCAAAUACUGUAAGUAUGAGUACAGUAGUAAAUUUUGAUGCAGCUCUUUUAUUGAAUCUCCAGCUCGCUAGAUUGUGCAGAUGAAUAAAAUGCUUUGCUCGGUGAGAAUACAUCCCUAGAUUGCUUGCAAUACAUUUUUCUUUGCCACUUGACUAAACGAAAAUAAUUUUGUCAAAUGAAUGGAAAAUGAUGUUAGCAGUGGCAACAGUAACAUUAAAUGACAAACGCUUUGGAAAUGAUAUAAUAAUGUACAUAUUGUACUGUUUUUCAACUUUGGAAAAACAGAGGUCAUCUUUUUAAGGCACAGUUCUUAUUAAUUUUUACUUUUGUUGUACACCAACCGCAUUAACAUCUUAUCUGUCACAAGUCACACCAAAACAUAUUUUUUUUGUUGAAAUGAAAAAUUGUGUUUUGUCUUUUUUUUUGCAGUAUUAAUAUUGUGUCCAUGUAUUUUGUAAGAAACAGACUAAGAGCCAUGCUAACAUAUUAUAUGUCUUCAUUUGAAUGUCGGCUUGAGUAAGAGUCUAUUCAAUAGAAAAAUGUAUGCAAUGCUAAACAAAUGCCUUUUAAAAAGCUUUCUAUGAGGUACAUUUGUCAAUCAUUCUAGUUUUUUUUUUUUUUGGGGGGGGCGGGGCGUUAAUUAGAUCUUCCCCUUGAACCAUCCAUUUCAUAAAGAGAACUGAC